AUGGAAGAUCUCCCGAGCCUCCAACUGGGCCUGGGCGACCUUCGUCAGAGGCUCCGAAAGCUCGGCCCUCGUGCUCAGGACCGAGCGUUCGACGGCAAGGCGCAUUACUUUCUCGCUGCUUCUGGCGUUGACCCUGGCGCGGCGGUAAGGGAUCUCGGCUCCCUGGGGAUCCAAACAUCGAAACUGGACCGUCCACCUCAAGGGCUCGCACCCGGUGAGGUCGAUGUCGAGACCUACCUCUCAAAUCUUCAAACAAAGACCACCCUCGGCAUGAUCGCUGAUGGUCUUGAGAGGUCUGUUCGUGACUUCGAUGCAUUCCUGGAAGAUAAUGUCACCAUGGAAUGGGAGGCACAGAGGAAGCGUAUCUAUCAGCACUUUGGCAUCAAGCCGAGGGAGGAACCAAGUAGCACAGCCGCAUCUGGUAGGGAGUCCCAGGGCGGGUUUGGCAGAUCCCGCAGGAAAACGCAGCAAGGCACACCAGGCCCGCGAUCUACUCAAAAAGCGAGCGCAUUUGGUCGAUCCACCAUGCAAAAGUCUGUCAUCGGUACACCCAGCAAGAUUGGCUCUCAUCCGUCCGAGUUCACUGAUGUCAAUGGUGGUGACGCGAUUGGCUCUCUCAACGGAGCCGCUGCCAUGGAUGAUCGAUUCCUCCGAGAGAAGCAGGCCAAGUUGGCGGAGAGAAUUCACAGUCUCAACGACAGUCGUGCCUACCAACGACCUUAUCCUAUCCUCUGUGAGCUUGCAGAUCUCGAGUCCAAGUCCGGAGACCGACAUGCACAGCACAUUGUAGAUGCUUACCAUGCCGUGAUGGAUAUGGUGAGCGAGUAUCCUAAUGCUGAUCCCAGCAUCCCCGGGUCCACAGCCAAGGAGCGCGAGUUUGCGAAGAUGUAUCUGGAUCCUAAUCCUAACUCUCCACAUGCCAUCGAGAUGCGAAAGAGAAUUCUCGAAGGCGCCAAUCGUUUCUUGGAACAGCAAUUCUUCGGCGAGGUUGAGGCGGCGAUCGCUAAGCGCCCUCAGGAUGCCAACCCAGGCGGUAGACCAGAUGUUGUGAGCAAGAUUAAGGCGUACAUCCGUGUCCUUGCAACUGGGAAACGCCUCGUUCCCGACAAUGUCGAAUUGCAGCAGGUACAAGGAGAGUAUGUCUGGGCGGUUGUCUUUUAUCUACUUCGAUCUGGUCAUGUCAAUGAGGCUGCGAAGUAUGUCAACGACAAUCAAAAUCAUUUCAGAAGCAUCGACAGGACAUUCUCCGGCUAUAUUAACAGUUAUGCCUCGAGCGAGGAUCGACGAUUAAAGCGGCCGCUGCAGGACCGCUGCAAUAACGAGUACAACCAGCGGGCUCGCAAUGCCCCUGAGAACUCUAUCGACCCGUUCCGAAUGGCUUGUUAUAAAAUCAUUGGUCGCUGUGACCUCAACAACCGCAGCUUCGAGAAUCUACAAACCGAUGUCAGUGAUUGGAUAUGGCUGCAGUUCAACCUUGCAAGAGAGGGAGAUCGAGCCAUCGAAUUCGCUGGCGAGAUGUUUGGUUUGACGGAGUUACAAGCGAGCAUUCGAGAAAUCGGACUCAAGCACUUCCCCAAGUCAAGCGCCGAGGAUUCGAAUGGGAGCUUUGGCAUGUUCUUCUAUCUACAGAUCCUCUCUGGCAUGUUCGAGCAAGCAAUUGCCUAUCUCUACAGCUUUUCCUACGUCGAUGCUGUGCAUUUUGCGAUCGCCCUAGAAUACUAUGGGCUGCUGCGUGCGGCUGAUGCUCUGACAUCCGGAAGCGAUCUGCUAAGUCACAAUACUCGUGGCCUCCCACAAAUCAACUUUGGCAGAAUGUUGGGCUAUUACACACGAGACUUCCGAGCGGCUAACGUUGCCGCUGCAGUUGACUACAUCAUUUUGAUUUGCCUCAACGUUGACGACCGUCAGCAACAGGCAGACCAACAGCACGCAGCGCUGUGCCACGAGGCUCUCCGUGAGCUUGUCCUUGAGACGAGGGAAUUCAGCAAGCUCAUUGGCGAUAUCAAACCAGAUGGUCAUCGCAUACAAGGCAUCAUCGAGAGUCGCGGCCAGCUUAUCGACCUAGAAGCUGAGCAAGACUUUGUCAAGGCCAUUACCUUGCAGGCUGCUAGCUUCGCCGACGACAAUGGACGAACUACCGACGCUGUGCUUCUGUACCAUCUUGCGGGAGACUAUGACACGGUGGUCGCCAUCGUCAGCAGAGCUCUUAGUGAAGCCAUCUCCCUGGAGAUCGGUGAGGAUCCUCUAAGGCUUAUGCCUGUGAAGCCACGUCUUGAAGGCGGUGCGGAGCCGGGCACCAGCCUCAGCCUUGCAUCCAUUGACGAUCCCGUGGAGCUAGCAAGGACCAUGAUGGGCAUGUACGAGAAGGAUCACAUGUUCCGGUCAAAGAUCCGGGAUCCGAACAGGAUUGCCUGCAGUGUCCUGCUGCAAAUGUCCGAAAUCAAGGGCUUCGUUGAAGGCGGCAAAUGGCCACAAUGUUUAGACAAAAUUCGAGCCUUGGAGAUCCUUCCCCUUAGCGCCAAAGGCGAUCCGAGCAUCAUCCGCAGCUUCGCUGCCAAGUUCUCUGGUCUGCCGCAAUCUGUCGCGAUCAAUGUGCCGAAUCUGCUGAUGUGGACGGUCAUCUGCUGCACAAAGCAGCGGGAGCGGCUUAUGAAUGGACAAUUCAGCGGCAACGAGUCAACAUCGCGCAUGCUUGCAGAGGAACUCAAGCAGAUGACGCUGGACUUGACGACCUACACCAGCCAGUUGAGAUACCGCUUCCCGCCGUAUCUUCAUGAAGCGUUGGCGAGGGCGUCUGCGGACUAA